UUUACCAUGUAAAAACCGUAUUCUCUUCCGAAUCAUUAGGUCUUAACCGCCUUCAAUUACCAAUCAUCCAGUGUUCGCGUCAAAUGAGGUGGCCAUAUUCACAUCUUCACAAUUGCCAUCGCUGAAGCAUAAAAUACUUUAAUUUGCUCCCCUAUUAAAUCUUGUUUAACCACACCCAUUCAGCCACUGAUUGACAUUUGCGCAUGCCACUUGAUAACCUAGGUAACAUGUAUCAGUCCCAUGUCACCAUUCACCAGACGGAAAAUAGUCCAGAACAAAUGUUCGUCUGAGAAACAUUGCUCUAACAAUGGAAAAAGACGGGAAAGAGAUUUCUGUGGUUUAUGGUCAGGAUGAAUCUUCGAGCGGGAGUUUAAUAAGUCCGUCAAUCAUGUACGACAGUGAUUCAUCCCAGGAAAAUCAAGAUUUUAACUCAGAUACUGGUCAAAAAGGACACAGCAGAUCUUCUGGAACUAGAAGAAAACUAAUCACAGAUAAAGAUGGUGAUGAAAAGGAGCUACAAGAUUUACGGUUAAAAGUCAAUUCAAGAGAAAGGAAAAGAAUGCAUGAUUUGAACUCGGCUCUGGAUGGAUUAAGGGAAGUGAUGCCGUAUGCGCAUGGACCUUCAGUGCGAAAAUUAUCUAAAAUUGCGACAUUGCUGCUCGCCAAGAACUAUAUUCUGAUGUUGACUAAUUCUUUGGAGGAAAUGAAAAAACUUGUAAGCGAUGUGUAUAGAUCGGACAAACGUCCUUCACCGACGCCGCCGGUGUUACAGCCGCAACCAACACCUCACAGCCUUCAUUUCCCUCUCUUGCCGACGUCAACGCGAACGUUGGCUUCAGCUGAACUUGAAGAAAAAUCAACUGGAAACAAGGAGAAAUCUUUGCCAAGUGCCAUAAGUCCUGUGACCGGAAGUGAACAUCAUGUGAUCGAUCCGCGUUGGCAGGCGCCGUGUGCGUGCACACAGUGUCUUUAUGUACAUUCUAGAAGGGGGUUUACACCAACAUAUCAUCCACCUUUGUUUUCUCCGUAUGCAAGGAAAAGUCACGACCAUCAUUAGCAAAGACAUUAUUUUCUUUGA